GACCAACGUUGUUGGCAGCCAUUCUAUUCGCUAUACACACAGCACAAGAAAACAGCUAUCAACCCAUAAUAUCUUUAUAUUCAAAAGUAAUCUAGAACGAAAUCGAAUCCAAACUUACAGUGUAAGAAGAGUAGAAGGAGCCGCGAGUUGGAUGGGAAUUAGGGUUUUAGGAGAAGAGAGACCACCGUGUGUGUAUUCUUUUGCAAAAGAAAAGGUAGGGAGUUGAUGAUGAUGUCACAGCCCAAUAAGAAGAAGCCACGCGAUCAAAGCCCGAAUGAAGCUGAGGGAGCAAACUGUAAAUCCGUGACAAAAGGGAACACGUGUACAAAUACAAACACUUAAGCAAGACCGAGCCUAGUUUCACCAUUUAGGGUUUAGCUGUUUUGGGGCUUCGGAUAGAGAAGAAGAAGAGUGGAGAAAGAAAGAAGCACAGAAAUCAGAGCGUCCACAAUAAUAAACAGGAAUGGAGCACGGUUCAGUGAGGGAUCCAAGCAGCGCAACCUUCUGCUUUGUAGACGAAGAUCAUACUCUCGCAAGCUCUGUCAGAUUCGCCUUGAAUCAAGAUCCAAGGGUAUCAUUCUGUGGAUACAGCAUUCCUCAUCCUUCUGAUGCUAAGGUUAACAUUCGAGUACAGACUACAGGUGAUCCAGCUAGGGAGGUGUUGAAGGAUGCUUGUCAGAAUUUGAUGGUGAUGUGCCAGCAUGUCAGGAGCACUUUGGACCAGGCUGUUGAUGAUUAUAGAAGCAAUCACUCAGAUAUGGAUACAAAAUAAUGGUUGAGAUUGAUGUAACCGACUGAUAUCUUGAUAUAUAACUUACUUUUUAUGAGUUUAGCUGAAUGUAUUUGAUCCAAUUUAGUCAGUGAUUCUU